AUGGUCAUCCCUGACCACAGUGAUGGUGCCAAACAUGAGUUGCUAGAGGGCAGCUGCAGGAGAGAGUUGACCUGCGUUUGUGCUACUAUCCAUGCGACAACACGCGUUCACAGGUGUGACCUUCCUAGCCAAUUAUGCAUAAAGCAUAUGUCUGAGAGGAAUUGGUAUGGGAGUUGUGUUGUUGUUGCGGCUUGUGGAUUAUCAUCUUCUUCUUUUGGUAUGGCGGGGACUAGUUGCGGCUGA